AUGUUGGAAGCUCGUCUCCGAGAGGCUGUCCUUCUCAAGAAGGUCCUCGACGCCGUCCGUGAACUCAUCACGGAUGCCAACUUCGAAUGUUCUGAGGACGGAAUCCGUCUUCAAGCGAUGGACAACUCCCACGUAGCCCUCUCCGCCAUCGAACUGCGCAGCGACUGUUUCGAAGAAUUCCGUUGCGACCGACCCAUGUCUAUCGGCGUCUCCCUCUCUUCGCUGGGCAAAAUCCUGAGAGGCGCAAACAACGACGAUGUCCUCUCUCUCAAAAAAUCCGACGAUGGCGAUACAUUGCAGAUGACGUUCGAAUCGCCCAAAUCAGACCGAGUCGGCGAAUUCGAAAUGAAACUUAUGGAUAUCGAUUCCGAGCAUCUCGGCAUCCCAGACACCCAGUACGAUGCUGUUGUCAAGAUGUCUUCUUCCGAAUUCGGUCGAAUCUGUCGCGAUCUCGCCAACAUUGGCGAAUCGGUCAAGAUCCAAGUCUCGAAAGAAGGCGUCAGCUUCAGUGCUGAAGGAGAGAUCGGUGCUGCCAGGAUGACACUCAAGCAGGGAAGUGGAAGCGCGGUGCUUGCCGAUGACGAUGAUGAUGAUCACGAUGAUGAUGUCAAACCGGCCAAGAAAAAGAGAAAGGCGGAUGGUGGUUCAAGCAGCAGUGCAGCUCAGGUUCCGGUCAAGAUCGAGAUGCAACAGGCAGUGAAUCUCACCUUUUCGCUCAAAUACUUGUCCAACUUUGCAAAGGCCGCUCCAUUGGCAGACGAAGUGGAGUUGCAUAUGAGCAACGAGGUUCCCCUGCUCUGCGAGUUUGGCUUUGAGAAUGGUUAUGUCAGGUUUUACCUCGCUCCUAAGCUUUCCGAGGAUGACGACUAA